GAAUCACUCUUGGCCUAGAUAACAUCCACUCAGUUCCGAACCUGUCUGCUUCCGUUUCGUAUGUGAAGUCAUAUGAGUCCUGUGUUCAAAGCAUAAGCGUUAAAAUGCUGGUUCUUCUUCUUGGAGAUCUUCACAUCCCACAUCGGUGCAAUUCAUUACCAGCGCGAUUUAAGAAGCUGCUGGUGCCCGGAAAAAUACAGCACAUUUUGUGUACUGGAAAUCUUUGCACCAAAGAGUCUUUUGAUUACUUAAAGACGUUGGCCAGUGAUGUGCAUGUUGUACGUGGGGACUUUGAUGAGAAUAUGAACUAUCCAGAACAAAAAGUUGUGACAGUUGGCCAGUUCCGGAUCGGCUUAUGCCAUGGUCACCAGGUGGUGCCAUGGGGUGACAUGGAAAGCCUUGCAAUGGUUCAGCGGCAGCUAGAUGUUGACAUCCUCAUUUCUGGUCACACGCACAAGUUCCAGGCAUUUGAACAUGAAGGAAAGUUUUACAUCAACCCUGGUUCUGCAACAGGAGCCUACGCUGCUCUUGACAGUUCCAUCAUUCCAUCCUUUGUGAUCCUUGACAUUCAACAGUCGACAGUGGUGGCUUACGUCUACAAGCUGUUUAAUGAUGAGGUCAAAGUAGAAAGAAUAGAAUACAGAAAAUCUUAGAUCUUUUUCCUGUGUUCUUCUAACUUCUCCAGAAUGGUAUUUCUUGUUUAUCUGUCCCUUAUUUUAGUUUUCAUCAUACUUUCAUUUCUGCAUUUCUUGCUAUGGAUCUUUAAUUUGUUUUAUUAAUAUUUUAGUCAUUUUCUCUCUCUAGUUAGUUCUCUUACUUACAUUGUCAAGAGAAGAAGUGAAAAAUGAAGCAGCUGGCUGGGUUGUCCAAUUGUAAUCUGUCCUUUGUUGGAAACAGCAGGGUUCAGGUGUCUUGAUAGAUCAGCUGUAUACUGUUUCUUUUUAUUUGUCAUUCAUCUCUUCUUGCAUCCCCCACUAAUAUUUAAACUUUUAAAUAUUGUUAUCCUAUUAAACUGUAGUUGCUGUUACAUCAUUGCUGUUACAUUUCUGUAAGUGCUUUGAUCACGAUAUCAGAACAUUUUCAACAUAAACUGUUAAUUGUCAUCCUCCUUUGCUUUAAAUAAGUUAUUGCUGGUAUGCAAAUUUAAAGAUUGCAUUAUCCUGAAACUAUGCUUAUUUUAGCCCAUAGUUUAAAGCCAUGCCCCUAACGUUCUUUCCUCCUCCCCCUCAACCUGUUAUAUGGGUAGGUGGAUAGCCAAGUGGUUAGAACACUGGUAUUGAAACUAAAAGGCAUGCCAGUUAAGUACCAUGUGGUACAGCAGAUUUCCCCCAUUUAACUCAGCUGUCAACCCGAGAGAGAGUUGGGAAAGUUAAUACAGCGAGAUGAGGAUAUGGUCAUUACACAGGUUGGCCAUGAGAAACGUGGUCUCCAACACCUCACUCCCCAACAAUUUUGGGCAGUGUGGGUCACCAGCAUUGUGAGUUUGGCUGCCCUGGGUUCAGAUCUUGUCUCAGGCAUCAUGUUCUUUCUCUACAUGGCAUCUGUGUACAAGGCUGGCUGCUCUGCCGUGACAUAGGUGUUAAGGUUCAGCAUAAAUCGCCAAUUUCCCCCUCCCCACCCCCAACUUAAAAGGUUAGGGAUGACUUUGACCUUAUUUGUUGAUUGUAUGUGACGUGCGUUCACUUUCUUAAAUCUGUCAUUCAAACUGUCAUUUAUUAUCUCAAGAAAUCAAUAAUCAUCCAGUACAGAGUGGUUUAAGGAUCUUUGCAUUAAUUUAUGUAAUGCAACACUUGAGACAGUCUACAAUAGCAGGCAAAAUGGAAGAUGUUUCUAAAACACUGUUACAUGACAGUUAAGAUGCUAGAUAAUUUCUCUUUUUAUUUUAGCAGUGACCUAACCCUAGUGUAGGAAUUUUCAUAUUUGUGGCAUUAACUACUGGUGACAAGUUUUACUUUAGGGACAGUAUCUGGUCAGGUUUCUUAAGAAUAGACAUUCUUUGAUAUAAUGGCAUUUAGUUUGUCAGUCUGAUAGCACAAGAGUCGAUGCUAGAUGUAGUUAAUGCAUAAACAGUUAAAAUCAUUCCUUAGAGGAAGAAUUUUAUAUUUGCUUUUUUGUAACAGACUGAAAUGAAUUUUGUAAAUAUUCUGCUAUUAUGUAAAUGUGUCCAUCUUUUUAUUCUCAUUAAAUGUUGCUAUGGCAAGGUGCAAUUUUGGCAUCAAGCACUUUUGUUGCCAUGUGUUUUCUUAAACAGAUUUAUCCAUUUGUAUAGGCGCAAAUAAAAAUUGUAGAUAAAUUGUCAAA